AGUGACCAGUCCACCUCUCCACCGUUGCCCGUCAACUUGAAGUUCAACCCCAGUUCAUUUAUUGUGUUGGCAGUUGGACUGAAAUCGACUUUAAUCACGAACCCAGUUAUCUCGAGCCUCGAAAACGCGCCUCUCGUGCAUCAACCACCACGCGCAAUGGCGCCGAAACGUAAACAGACGACCGCUGUAGCGGGUCCUUCCACGACCCAUCGUGCAUCCAAGCUCGCAAAGGAGCACAAUAUUACGGGUCUACAGGAGAGUUCGAUACGUGAAGCAUACUCGCUGUUCGCGAUCCAACACCCGAACUUCGCAGAGGAGCGGCAAGGUGUGCUACGUGGUGGGGAUGUCCGUCGAUGUUUACUAGCGCUGAACCUCCCGUACUCCGCCGACUAUCUCUCCGCUCUCGACCCCGACGCCUCCGGGUUCGUUACCUUCGACGCGUUCUUCGGCCUCGCCGCCCUCUUGUACAACGACAAGGAGAACCCUGAUGAGGACGAUGAGGAAGGCAGCGCGGACGACGAGCCAAGUACCGAGGCGCAGGAAGCGUUCCGCCUAUUCAACAGAAACACAGGCGGUCCGAUCACCCUAUCACAUCUUCGACGAGUGGCGCGGGAGCUGCGCGAAGACGUGGAUGAGGCGACGUUGCAGGCCAUGCUCGUGGAGGCGAAUGGUGAGGCGGAGGAGGGGGGAUGGAAGGCUGGUGUCAGUUUGGAGGAGUUCGAUGCGGUGAUGAAGAGGGCAGGUGUGUUCGGUUGAAAGGGAUGACGUGCUUCCCAUUCUUCCACUCGGCCACGUACUGUGGACCAACUCAUCGCG